AUGGAGUGCAUAGUUAGCUUAUUGGGAUUUGCUGAUGCAUCUGAAAAGGCCUAUGGAGGUGUCGUUUAUUUACAUGUUUAUUUUCCACAAACAAAUAAGUUCACUAUUACGCUUGUUUGUGCCAAAUCCAGAGUGGCGCCGUUACGAUGCGUGUCAUUGGCAAGACUAGAAUUAUGCGGUAACUUGAUUCUCGCAAAGUUGAUGAGAGUAAUUAUUGACAGCUAUUCUCAUCGCUGUAAAAUAAGUAAUGUAUUUGCCUUUACGGAUAGCACCGUGGCUUUGGCAUGGAUUCACUCAUCACCGGCUAGAUGGCAUACGUUUGUAGCCAACCGAGUAACAAAGAUACAGGAUGAAAUACACCCCAGAAACUUUUAUUUUGUAUCGGGUAAAGAGAAUCCAGCAGACUGUCUUUCACGCGGCUUAACACCAUCACAAUUGAUGGAGCAUCCUCUUUGGUUCAGUGGACCCCGAUUUGCUCAUCUACCCAUUUCAGAUUGGCCAGUUAAGAAUUUUGAUGCCACAUCGAUGACUGAUAUUCCAGAAAUGAAACCAGCUAUCAUGCUAUUCACAACUGAUGAUGCACGGAAUGACAAUAUAUUAUACACGCUUGCAUGUCGUAUUUCAUCAUGGCCCAAGCUGGUCCGUAUUGUACUUUAUGUUCUCCGGUUUAUUAAAUUGGUACCGAGUAAAUUUGAUAUUUCCCAUUUAAAGGUGGCCGAAACGAAUAUCAUCAAGGCCGUACAGCGAGUUCACUUUGAUAAAGAACUUAAGAAUAUGGAGUCUGACAAAAUAUUACCGCCUGCAUUUCAACGGCUCAGAGCCUUUGUUCACGAAGGUAUCUUUCGUGUUGGCGGGCGAUUGGAGAAUGCUCACUUGGAAUUUGAUCAGCACCCUAUUUUACUUCCCGCUCGUGACCAUGUAGUGAACCUUUUGAUAGACUAUUAUCACAAAAAGUAUUUGCACACCGGACCGCAGCUCUUAAUGUCUCUGAUACGCCAAAACUACUGGAUUCUCUCUGCUCGGAAUAUAAUAAGAAAGCGAGUACAGCAGUGUAAUAUAUGUUAUAGAGCAAAUCCCCGAAACCAAUGUCCAUUGAUGGCUGAUUUACCUGCUUGUAGAGUUCAAGAAACAAAGGCCUUUUAUCACACUGGUAUAGAUUACACUGGCCCAUUACGUAUUAUUCCCUACAGGCGACGUGGUGUUCGUAGUCAAAAGGCGUAUAUUUGUCUGUUCAUUUGUCUAGUUACCAAGGCAGUUCACCUAGAACUCUCAACGGACUUGAGCACAGCAGCUUUCCUGAAUGCCUUCAAACGCUUCAUUGCGCGGCGUGGUCCAAUCAAAGUGGUCUAUACCGACUGUGGAACAAACUUUUUGGGAACUCACUCAUAUCUCAAGGAAAUGUAUAAAUUGAUUUCCUCUGAGCAGUAUGCAGAUAAAUUUGCAAAUGAAUUGCGUGAUAAUAAUAUAGAUUGGAAAUUCAACCCACCAUCAGCCCCUCAUUUUGGCGGUAUAUGGGAGGGUAAUAUUCGGAGCGUUAAAACUCAUCUUAAUAAAAUAGUUGGUAAUCAACUUCUCACUUUUGAAGAAAUGUUGACUACACUUGCUCAAAUUGAAGCAUUAUUAAAUUCGCGACCUCUAUCAGUUUUGAGUUCAGAUCCAUGUGACCCUCAAGCUCUUACUCCUGCACAUUUUAUAAACUUAACACCAUUAAAAUCACUACCUUCAGAAACGAUAACGGAACAUUCUAAUCUCAUCCAAAGGAAACGUAUUGUAGACAGUUUGGUCCAGUCUUUUUGGAAAAGAUGGAAACUUGAAUAUCUUAAUACAUUACAAGUUCGUAAUAAAUGGAAAAAAGAUAGCACUCCUAUUAAAACUGGCACAGUUGUACUGCUUCAAUCUGAAAAUAGUGCUCCUCUUAAUUGGCCAUUGGGUAUAAUAGAGGAAACUUUUCCGGGUCGUGAUGGAGUUGUAAGGGUGGUUAACGUUAGAACGAAAACUGGUACUUAUCGUAGACCUGUUGUUAAGGUUUAUCCUUUACCAACACAGUAG